AGAACAUGGCUUUUGACGGUAGCUGGAAGGUAGACCGGAGUGAAAACUAUGACAAGUUCAUGGAAAAAAUGGGUAUCAACAUGGUAAAAAGGAAGCUUGCAGCUCAUGACAAUUUGAAGCUGAUAAUUACACAGGAAGGAAAUAAAUUCACAGUCAAAGAAUCAAGUACUUUUCGAAACAUUGAAAUUGUUUUUGAACUUGGUGUCACUUUUAAGUACAGCCUAGCAGAUGGAACUGAACUCACUGGGAGCUGGGCCAUUGAAGGAAACAAACUUGUCGGAAACUUCCAACGCGUGGACAAUGGGAAGGAGCUGAAGACUGUUCGCGAAGUCAUGGGCAGUGAGCUAGUCCAGACUUAUACAUAUGAAGGAGUAGAAGCCAAGAGGAUCUUUAAGAAGGAAUAAGCGUGGUUCUUGGGACACAGCUUAAAAUACAAAUUGGACAGAAGAUCUA